AUGUCUCUACCGUCGCGCUCUUUUUCGGGUUUCCUGCCGCGUCUGUCACAGUUCAACCCUCAAAUCUCGUCGUCUCGGCGACCUGCCGCCGAUCCCUAUUUGUUUGCAGGAAGGCAAAACCAGGUACACGUAACGACGUCCGAUGGCCCUCUAGAGUCGGUCACACUUGAGGAGGAUAGGUGGCUCUUACGAGAGGAUUUAGCAGAACAAACGAAAGUAACAAAAGCCUCAUCGGAUUUCGACGACUAUUACAACGAGGACUACGAUGAGCAGGGAGAUAAUGAUAAUCUCACUCACCUCACUCAUAUUGAAGAUAACGGACGUAUCUACCAGUUGAAGGACUUUGCCCAACAAGAAAUUUUAAUCAACGACCCGUUCCUUUCCGCAUCGAAGCAUACAACGCUAUCUGAGAAUCGGACAAGUGAAAGCGGUUGGAACAAGAAACGGCUGGCAGCAGUUCUUUCUCAGGUCUCGAGACAUCCUCCUCCUGCUAAAAACGGGUCAAACUCAAAGGCAGCGCUAACUGAUUACAACUCGUCGCAUCCUUCUAAGUUUGAUUCAGGUGAUGCACUAUUUGACAUCGGUCCUAACGCUCUAGAACCCGUUAACGUGUUCGACUUUCUGGAUGGCCCAGGAAUCACAUCCGAAGAUACUGAGAACAUUGGUUUCCAGAUUCGGACAUCACCGCCGCCAGAAGUCGAGCAAGAUCUGCGCCAGGAUAAACCCGUUAAUAUAAAAAUGACAUCAUUUGCCUUUUCAGGAGACGAGAACGUCCUACGUCGACAGGAUUACCCGGAAAUCGAGGAUCAGAAGCUCUUACGAGAGAAUUUCAGUGAUGCCAAUAACAACAAAGAGUGUGGGUAUGGUGAAUCGCUUGGACCAUAUCGAAAACUUAUAGACCGCAUAAACGCCCUUGAACAAGAGAAUGUCUUACUGAAGAGCUGGAUUGAUCCCAACUGGAAUCAUCAAGGACGACCCUUUUUCCAGGUCAUUCAUCAGAUCGAGGGGGAUGGUAGAAUAUUCUUCAAUCCCCCGUCAUGGAGGCGAGAAUCUUUGCAGGAAGGUAUCCAGUAUGUUCUAAAAGGGAGUUCGCUAUCGAUGCGGAAAGAAGAGUACUUAAAGCGAAGCGGAAACUUGGCUUUUGCUGUUUUUAAGAGUUAUGCCUCCGACACAGUGGAUGGCCAAGAUUUUGAAACUCCUCCUCUACCCAACCCCGAAGCUGAAAUUGUGCUAUUUGCCUCUGAUGAAAUGAGGAGAGCUAUCCAAAACUACUUGAACAGGCAGCCGGAUUUUAAGCAGCUUUUCCCAUCUUUCGACGUUACGAAGGAAAUAUCCUCUCCGUACCGCUUCUGGUAUUGCACUCGUGCAUCUUACGAGUCUACUUUGCAAGAAAUGCCGCCUCAUCAAAGAGCCCUAGUGAAGUUAUUCGGAGAGUGGGUGAAUGCCAAUUACGAGACAGAAUAUGCAUCUGUGGAUGAUCAGAUUGCAAGGGGAGUCAUCUCUUGUCAGUCGAUGAAGUACCUCGUAAGGCCAGGUGACCCACUUAUUCUUCAGGAAUCUGGUCGACUUCAAGCUUAUCAGGCUACGUCUUGGGCUGAUGGUCAAAUUAUGCGUAGAAGACGCAAAGAUAAGGAAGAGGUUGGAUUCUUUAACAAAGCUUGGACGGUGUCAGUUUGGUCCUACGAAUUUGACGGUGCCUUUUACCAGAAACCUACCACGUUGGAUAUUGAGCUCGAUGUUGCAUCUCCGCAUGAGGAGGUUGAAUUGAGUUCUUUAAAGGUGACUCCACUGGAAUACGCUAUGCCUGAUGUCAGACAGAAACUUGAACAACGGGGUAAGACGAACUGGGCAUGUCGCAAGAAGAAAUUUAUUUCAUACAGUGGGGAUAACAACAUUGACUCACUGAACAAUAAUAGCGAAAGAUUCAUGAUUGAUUUCAUGACCUACAGUCAACUCUAUCCACCAGAGAAACCACAACUUAAAAUUGGUCGCACAGAGAUUCCGUCCGAGCGAAUGGCCGUUGAUGAGCCGCCAUCAGCACCAGAGAUAUUUUUCUUCCCAUCACAUAUCGUGGGGUUCAAUCUUCGUCGCAAAAAAUGGGUGGAUCUAGAGGUUGAUCUUAUCAAAGAAGUCGAAUGGAACAAGACAGCUUUCGAAAGCCUUGUCGUCGACGAAGAGACUAAAGAGCUUGUUCAGGCAUUGAUCACAAGCCGGCUCGUAGCCGAAAAGGGGGCUGACAUGAUUGAAGACAAAGGCAACGGGCUGACGAUACUCUUGCACGGAGGACCCGGAACUGGAAAGACAUUCACCGCUGAAAGUGUGGCGGAACUGGCCGAAAAGCCUCUAUACCGAGUAACCUGCGGCGACAUCGGUACGAAGCCAGAAGAGGUUGAGAACUACAUGGAGUCUGCUCUCCAUCUUGGCAAAAUCUGGGACUGUGUCGUGCUGCUCGACGAAGCCGACGUGUUCUUACAAGAACGUAAUCUGUCAGACCUGCAGCGCAAUGCAUUAGUGACUGUCUUCUUACGUGUGCUCGAAUACUACGAUGGUAUUCUUAUUCUGACCUCGAACCGGGUUGGCACUUUAGACGAAGCUUUUAAAUCGCGCAUCCAGGCUUCCCUACAUUAUCCGAACCUGAACCGUUCACAACGACACAAGAUCUGGCGGAACCUUAUCAAUCGCUUCAAGAGGCUCGAGCAGCCCGAUAUUGACUUUGACGAUAUCGAAUGCUACAUCAGUGAACUUGCCGAGCAAGAGAUGAAUGGACGUCAAAUUCGUAAUUCUAUCACCACUGCCCGACAAUUGGCCAGGUUUAAGGGUAGAAAUAUGAGACAUGCGGAUCUGAAGCACGUAAUUUCUCUCGCAGGCCGGUUUGAAAAAUAUCUUUCCGACGUCAAGGAGGGCUACACGGAUGAUGUUAUUGCAAGGGAGUCUGGUUAUCGAUGA